CGCCUUCCCGCCCGCCCCUAUUGUUCCGCCCCCGGCCUCCCGCCCUUCCCCUUCCCGCCCGCUCCCCUUUUCCCCUCAGUCGCCUCGCGCCUGCAGUUUUGGCUUUCUCAUUCACCCCCACCAGUGACCAAAGACUUGACCACUCAGCGUCCAGCUCCUUAGAACACUGCUCGACAUGGACACCGGUGUGAUUGAAGGUGGAUUAAAUGUCACUCUCACCAUCCGGCUACUUAUGCAUGGAAAGGAAGUUGGCAGUAUCAUCGGAAAGAAAGGAGAAUCAGUUAAGAAGAUGCGUGAGGAGAGUGGUGCACGUAUCAACAUCUCAGAAGGGAAUUGUCCUGAGAGGAUUAUCACUUUGGCUGGACCCACUAAUGCCAUCUUCAAAGCCUUUGCUAUGAUCAUUGAUAAACUGGAAGAGGACAUCAGCAGCUCUAUGACCAAUAGCACAGCUGCCAGUAGACCCCCAGUCACCCUGAGGCUGGUGGUCCCUGCUAGUCAGUGUGGCUCUCUCAUUGGGAAAGGUGGUUGCAAGAUCAAGGAAAUACGUGAGAGUACAGGGGCUCAGGUCCAGGUGGCAGGGGAUAUGCUCCCCAACUCAACUGAGCGGGCCAUCACUAUUGCUGGCAUUCCGCAGUCCAUCAUUGAGUGUGUGAAACAGAUCUGCGUGGUCAUGUUGGAGACUCUCUCCCAGUCCCCCCCGAAGGGCGUGACCAUCCCGUACCGGCCCAAGCCGUCCAGUUCUCCAGUCAUCUUUGCAGGUGGUCAGGACAGGUACAGCACAGGCAGCGACAGUGCGAGCUUUCCCCACACCACCCCGUCCAUGUGCCUCAACCCUGACCUGGAGGGACCACCUCUAGAGUUGACCAAGCUGCACCAGUUGGCAAUGCAACAGUCUCAUUUUCCCAUGACGCAUGGCAACACCGGAUUCAGUGGUUUGGAUGCAUCUGCUCAGACUACUUCUCAUGAACUCACCAUUCCAAACGAUUUGAUUGGCUGCAUAAUCGGGCGUCAAGGCGCCAAAAUCAAUGAGAUCCGUCAGAUGUCUGGGGCGCAGAUCAAAAUUGCGAACCCAGUGGAAGGAUCUACUGAUAGGCAGGUUACCAUCACUGGAUCUGCUGCCAGCAUUAGCCUGGCUCAAUAUCUAAUCAAUGUCAGUUUAGAAAACGCUAAACCCUCCUCCCAGGCAGCCUCCGUCACGAUCCCUGAUCACCUCAGCAUCAACCUCUCUCAACCCUCCACCCCUUCUUCUUCUUCUUCCUCCUCCACCACCACCCCCUCGCUCGCCACAGCGGGGACCUCCGACGCACCCUCCAGCCUCCCCAACCCUCUUCCGACCGCCCCUUGUGUCUCCAGUCUGCUUGGCAUGAAACCCAUCCCUCUCCUGGCUCUAAAUGUUGUGUCUGCUGCUAAGGGUGCCGGGGCUUCAGCUACCACCACCACCACCUCUGCCGUGCCAUGUGUAACUAACAAACUGAAAAGCGAGAAACAGAGAUUCUCUCCCUACUGAUUGCAUAUAUCUUGGGGCACGCCCUCAAGUAUUUGUUUUUGUUUUUGUUUUUGUUUUCCCUUUGUUAACAUUGGUGAGAACCAAACUAUUGUGAGCUUGUGACCGUUUCCUUUUUACUGUUUUGGGGGAUAACAGGGUGGGGGCAGGGGCAAUGGUAAACUGUUUAGGUUUAGGCCGUUUCUGCUUGAGUGCCUGUUUCAGAGUCUGACUUGUUGAAUUCUUUAUCUAGAGCCACAGUUCUUGCUCUUCUUUCUCAUUCUGUUACUUUUUUGUAGCUUUAUUCUGCCUUGCAAUAUAACAAUGUUUUAGGCUCUGUGUUAAUGAAUAAAAGCUUCUCCAUUAACCUUUUUUUUUUUUUUUUUUUUUUUUUGAUUUCAUGGUUAUCAACCAGCCUUCUUGGCCAGAUUUGUGUUUCUAGCUGUAAUAAAGUUGCCACAGUAAGAACCUUAGUUGACUGUGCUGUGAAGGAAAGAAGUUAUUUCUUUACCCAGAAUGGGGAGGCAAGUUGGGAAAAGUCUAAUAAAGUUUGCCGGCUUCUGUCUGCAUUCCUCUGAACUAGUAUUACCCCUCUCCCUGUGACAUUGGAUAAAUUUUGAACAACCAAUGGGUGACAUUGCCUCAAAUUUGGCAGGAUUCUGUCCAGUUAUCCUAAGUCAACCCUGAUUACUCAACCAGGUCCUUUUACCCUUUUAUUCUAUUCCCCGCCUACCUUUGUCUCCCCACCAACCCUGUCAUAAUUAGAGGAUUAAGACCUAGAUUUGGAAGGGACCUUUAAGAUCAACUGUAACUCAUUGAUUCACUUUAUCAGAUUAAAGAAAUAGAGGCUCUGGGAGAAUUUAAAUUUGCAGACCACAUGAGUGAGUAGUCAGGACUAGCAAUUUAUGCUUUACAUUUACUCAGUCUUCUAAGAUUGUGCUUGAUCUCCCUGAAGCCUCAUUCUUUUUCGUAUCCCAAGAUCUCUCUCUGUAAAAGAGUAGGAAUGCCGCAGGUAAAAUGGUGGAAGGGCUCUGAUAGUUUCCAUUCAGCCUGAAUGUAUUGCCAGGGUAAUGAAAGUAUGAUGCUCUUCCCAGGACUUAGAAAACCAGUGUGGAGAUUUUUUUCCUGGUGACCUUUUCCCAUAUCCUCUUUGGCUUACAUUGUUUAAAAAACAAACAACAAAAAAAACCCUAAUUAUAUUGCAAUAUAUUAACUUUUGGUAUCGUGGUCCCUCAGUCUCAUAUUGGGGCUGUGAAUAAGUGUUACAUGUCCCAAGUCUGCAUGAAGGACUAGGGGGGCAAAUUUCAUUGUCCAGAUAGGGUUUUUCUUGUUGGUUGCUAGAUGCUCCUUUAUCGUGUGGUCCAGCUUUCCUUAGUAAGCUCUUUUUAUAUCUUGCUGAUACCAUCUCCCCCAGAAACCUGGUUUUUAUUUUAUCUAGUUCUUGAUUUUAGAAGGCCUCUUUACCUAAUGAGUACUCCCUAAAGGAUUGCUUGGAAGGAAGUCAGAUGUUUUAAGGGCUGACCAAAAUCACUGCAUCCAAAGGUACUUCUUGGUGCUCGAUUUUUUAGUAGCUUACAGCUCCCCCAUGUGGUCCUUCUAUUCUGGAGUCCUUAACACAGUAUUUCUGGUUGGGUUUUCCCUUCUCCUUGCCCCCUCUCCCUGCCACCCCCAAUUCCUGCCCAGGCUGUGUAUAAAUUCUGGACUAUUCUUUUUGAGUUCUUUUUGGUGCCAGAGUGCCACCACCUUCUUACAUUAACUUAGUGUUUUUUAGGUCCUAGAUCUAAACUGUUUGCGGCAGCUCCUUUCCUCAACCUUCAGUUCCCACUAAACUCUUUGAUUCAGGAUCUGUUGUUUACGUUGCUCUAAAUCAUCCCAUUUUGAGGUUGGCAAGAACCUACCCCCUUUAAGAACUAUUUUCCUUUAUGCUGAGGUUACAAUAGCAUUUCUGACUUGAAACUAAAUGCAGUUUGUAGUUGAAGGACCUAUUUCCUGCCCUUCCCCCACCCCCUUGCCCCUGCCUUCCUGGCCAGUUUUUGGAUUUGCGUUAUUCUGGAAGAGAUGCAAAUGCUCUCUUGACAUGAAUGCCAGUAAAUUUA